AUGAUCAACAGGGCCAGCAAGCCCCUCCCCUGGUGGACGAACCCCACCCGCACCCACUCACGCAGCAUUUUCUUCAGCCCAGCUCCAGCUCGGAUGCAGCGGUGCAUGCGCGCUUGUCUCACCCUCACCCUCCGCCAGCUCCGUCACCACCGCCCGCUCCAGCACCGCCCGCACCUGCACCUUCACCUGCACCUGCACCAGCACCAGCACCAGCACCAGCAAUAUCACCUGCACCAGCACCAGCACCAGCACCAGCACCAGCACCUGCACCAGCAAUACCACCCGCACCGCACACCCCGCCCUGUCCCUCUGCACAGCACACGGCGCCACAGCGGCAGCAUGCCCACGACGCGCUCUGCCAAGGCCAAGAGCAUCAGUCACCAAGAACGCACUGCCAGCGAGCCGCGCAGCCAUGAACUCCACCGCGCCACGGUCCGUCAGGUGACCGAGGUCAACGACCGCAUCAAGACGUUCAGGUUCGACAUUGUCGACAAGAACGGCUUCAACUUCCUCCCAGGCCAAUGGCUCGACGUCUUCGUGCCGGACACCGACAAGGCCGGCGGCUUCACCAUCACAUCCUCGCCCAAAGACGCCCUGCCCCAGGGCGACCCCGAUCACGCGCCCUUCUUCGAGCUCGCCGUACAAAACAGCCCGGACAACCCGCCUGCAGCAUGGCUGUGGCAGCCCGUCGAGCAGCUGGUGGGAAAACAGAUUGACGUGCGCGUCGGCGGCAACUUUGUCUUUCCGCCCCCGGGCCUGGACAUGAACAAGCCCAAGAUCAAGCGCGCCAUCUUCAUUGCCGGCGGCGUGGGCAUCAACCCCAUGAUGUCCAUGAUGUACUACAUCAACCAAAACUACCCCAAUCUCGAGGUGCGCCUCCUCUACUCCACAAAGGUGCCCUCCAAGGAAACCAGCCAGGAGGAGGUCCUGUUCCUCCCACAGAUCAUCGACCUGUUCCGGAUACCGCGCUCAGAAUCCACAAAGGACCGCAUCGAGCUGUUCUUCACAGGCACCUGGGACGGCUCCGAGGUAAACCAGAGCAACGACCAGCCCAUACAGCCGCUCAUGUCCUUGACUCUGCCAAACCUCGAUUCCGCGACAGAAGUCCCCGUGAUCGCAUGGACGCACCGCAUCAACGACAUUGCGCUGUCGAGUGCGGUUGGGAAUAAGGAAGAGGCCAAAAGCACCGUCUUCUACGUGUGCGGGCCUCCUACCAUGACCGACGAAAUCGUUCAGUAUCUCAAGGAGCAGGACAACGUCGUGCCAGAGCGUGUCCUGUGUGAGAAGUGGUGGUAG